AUGAACGGAGAUAGUACUGUGACGACGUCGUCGUUUUAUGAAAUUGUAAACGAAAAAGGCAAACAGUGUAACUCAACACCUGGUGGAAGUCUGACAACGGAAAAUUUACCAUCGUUCUUAUCCGAAGAUACUUCUUCAAUGAAAGAAAGUCAUGAAAGUGAAACUAGUGAGGAUGGUGACGAUGAACCUCACUAUGAACCGGUUGCUGCUGGCACCAGCAAUGCGCCUAAUUCAGAAAAUCCUUGGGAGUCUCCAAGAAUCGAACCAGUUAACGGUGUUGUUCAGCCGCGAGUCGUAGCACCACCGGGUAAGCCUACACGCCAUACUAAUCAGCUGGAAUUCCUGCAGAAGGAGGUUCUUCGAGCCGUACUCAAGCAUAGACAUUCCUGGCCUUUCGCGAAACCAGUUGAUGCAUCCAAAUUAAAUCUGCCGGAUUACCAUGAUAUCAUUAAAAAGCCAAUGGAUCUUGGAACUAUUGAAAAAAGACUGCGAAAUUGUUACUACUAUUCUUCAAAGCAAUGCGUUCAGGAUUUUAUGGCUAUGUUCACCAAUUGCUAUACGUACAAUCCGAGCGGUUCGGAUAUUGUAGUAAUGGCUCAAGCGCUUGAGAAGGUGUUUCUGGAAAAGAUUGUUAAUAUGCCAAAAGAAGAGGUAGAAAUUCCAAGGCCUUCUCAUCAGAAACGAGGCCGCCACAAGAAGGGAAAAUCUCUUGCUGCUGCUAGAGCUGCUCAGGCAACGCGGGCAACCAAUGCGUUCAUCGCUUCCCAGAAGCAUGUGGCGGACAGUUCAAGUUUUCUUCAAGCGAGUGAAAUUCGUUCAGACACGGUAGACACAACAACACCUGUUACGUUGCCCGUGACAACAGCGCCUUUGUCGCUUCCAUCUACUUCUACGGCGGAAGUAGCCGUUAGUGAUCGAGUGGCGACUUCGACAACAAUGUCUACAACUGGCAUCAUAAGUCCUGGCUCGGCUGUACCAGCGAAGAUGCAGAAGGGGGUGAAACGGAAAGCCGACACUACUACACCUUUUGAAGAUCAGCUUAAUAAAGUUUCCACUAGACGAGAAAGUAGUCGACCAAUUAAGAAGCCGACACGCGAUUCCUUUUAUGUUGAUGUGCAGAAUCAAACUGCUAAGCACAAAUACAAAGGAAAGCUUAGCGAACAGAUUAAAUACUGCCAUACCAUUGUAAAAGAGCUUUUUUCGAAGCGUCAUGCGGAUUUCGCGUGGCCGUUUUAUAAACCCGUCGACGUCGAAGGCUUAGGAUUGCACGAUUAUUACGAUGUUAUUGAAACCCCAAUGGAUUUGGGUUCAGUAAAGAGAAAGCUUGAAAAUCGCGAGUACAGCUCACCAUCAGAAUUCGCUUCCGAUAUGCGUUUGAUUUUUACAAACUGCUAUAAAUAUAAUCCACCGGAGCAUGAAGUUGUCAAAAUGGCAAAACGCUUGUCGGAAGUAUUUGAAACUCGAUUUACUCAAAUGCCCGAAGAAUUUGCUUCAACUCCGAGCAGCAGCAGUGCCCCCACUGUAAUAACUGAUGCAACACCUCCGUCUCGUGGCACAGUCACCUCUGCAAAGCAAGAACCUGCUCCUCAGGCGGUUGACGAUGACUUGGAUGAUGAUGAAAUUGACCGACGUCUUCAGGACCUUCAAGCACAGUAUCUGCAGCACCCGUAUCUCAGUCUUCUCGACGAAGAUCUUCGACAAAAAGCAAGGCAGAUCAAAAAUCUCAAGAGCGAUCAUCAGUCAAAGCUUAAAAAAGGAGGCUAUUUCUUUGAUAGUGAAGACGAAGAUAAUGCGAAGCCAAUGACUUAUGAUGAGAAAAGGCAGUUGUCAUUGGACAUCAAUAAACUUCCCGGUGAUAAACUUGGCCGAGUUGUGCAAAUAAUUCAGUCACGAGAACCGUCUUUGAAAGACUCUAAUCCAGAUGAAAUAGAGAUCGACUUCGAAACUCUCAAGCCUGCUACCCUGCGUGAACUUGAGGCAUACGUUGCCUCUUGUUUAAAGAAAAAAUCGCGAAAGCCCUACAGUAAAUUAUGCAGAUGUUUUUUCUUCGGUAUAGCGGAUUUUUUAGCGCCUAAAACCCAAAAAGAUUUAGAGCAAAGGAAGCGAGAACUAGAAAAACAGAUACAAGAUUUAGGGGGUCAAGUCACUUCUUCAAAACGACUGGCCAAAAAAGGUAAAAAAUUUUAUUCUUCAAGUCGUAAACUUCCUUUUAAUCUUUUGAGCAGUUAUACAUGGCUUAAAUGUUGCUUUUAGAA